AUCGAAGACUAGCUAGUGUAAUCGUCGCUAGGUGUAGGAACGCGAAAAUGGCAGCCAAAAUCCGCUAUGCGACAGAUCUGGAUAAAACUGUUCUUGUUGGAAAUUUCGACAAGCGAGGAUGGGUUCAAGUAGGCGGGGACGAUGACUGGAAUUUUUAUUGGAGUACUGUAGGAACCACUAGAAAUAUCUUCAAUGUUGACAGCGGCUAUCGCAUGCAAGAUGACCAAGUUUUGAACCACUUCCCUAACCAUUAUGAGCUGACACGCAAGGACUUGAUGGUGAAGAAUAUUAAACGUUAUCGGAAAGAUCUUGAGAAGGAAGGGAGCCCUCUGGCUGAGAAGGAUGAACAGGGCAAAUACAUGCACUUAGACUUUAUCCCAGUCACUUUCUUACUGCCAGCUGACUAUAACCUGUUUGUUGAAGAGUUUAGGAAGAAUCCGUCUAGUACCUGGAUCAUGAAGCCUACAGGAAAAGCUCGCGGCAUAGGCAUCUUUCUAAUCAACAAACUCUCUCAAAUCAAGAAAUGGUCAAGGGAUAGCAAGACAUCAUCGUUCCAAGCUCCUUCUGCUAAGGAUGCCUAUGUGAUCUCAAAGUACAUUGAUAACCCGCUACUGAUCGGAGGAAAAAAGUUUGAUCUACGAAUCUACGUCCUAGUCACAUCAUACAGACCGCUUAAAUGUUAUUUAUACCGACAAGGUUUCUGUCGUUUCUGUACAGUCAAAUACAGCGCUAACGUGAACGAACUUGAUAACAUGUUUAUUCAUCUGACCAAUGUAUCAAUUCAGAAACAUGGGGACGAGUAUAAUUCUCACCACGGUGGCAAGUGGACGGUUCAAAACCUGAGGCUUCAUUUAGAAGGUACCAGAGGGAAAGAGGUGACUGAUAAAUUGUUUGAUGAGAUGAACUGGCAGGUUGUGCAUUCACUUAGAGCUGUCUCUAGUGUAAUGGCCAAUGAUCGACACUGCUUUGAGUGCUACGGCUAUGACAUCAUUAUUGAUGACAACUUGAAACCAUGGCUUAUCGAAGUGAAUGCGUCUCCAUCGCUGACAUCGACGACAGCGAACGAUCGGAUCAUGAAAUACAAUCUCAUCAAUGACACUAUCAACAUCGUCAUGCCAAAUGGAGAAGUGCCUGAUGUGAGAUGGAACAAGAUACCGCCUAAGGAAUGCUACGGACAUUAUGAUCUAUUGUACGAUGAAGAUCUUGCCCAGCUUGACCUCACGGAGAGAGAGGUCAAAGGUCGACCAGGCGUGUCAACAUUAUUUGGGGCCAGAGGCCGUGACUCAAAAUCAAGAACGACGACGUGGAAAUGAAAUUGCUCAAAGCCGAAGCUUGUGUCAAAAGACUUUAAGGAUUUUAUCUUAGGAUUUGUCCUGGUGGUCAGUGACUGUUCUAACUGUGACAUGUUAGGAUUGUCUCCCAGAUGUCGUGAUGCAAGCUCAAGAAUACAAACAUGGGGAAUGAAUUUGCUCAAUAUUCAAGUUCUUGACUCAAAACUUUCUUAAGUUUUAGUAUUGAAAGACUAGGAUUUGUGCUGGUGGUCAAUGACUGAUCUUACCGUGACAUGUUAGGAUUGUAUCCCAGAUGUGACGUAAACUAAAGAACGCCAGCAUGGGAAUGUUGUGACUUAGUUCAGAGGAGCGUUUCAUAAACAUUUUUGUCUGACAAACAUCGUGGACAGAUCUGACAAUUUUCCUUGAUUCUGAUUGGCUGACGAGCACUGUUGAAUAGAACAUCUGACAAGUCCUUUCAUGAAACGAAAGACUGUAGGAAACUAUCUGUAGGAUUUGUCCUGGUGUUCCAUGACUGAUUCAAACAUGCCUUACAGAUCAAGGAUUGGACCCCAAUGGUCAUGACUUAAGUCAUGAACACUAGUAUGGACAUGAACUUACACAAAACAGGAGUUCUUGGAUUCUCAGCUUUGUAUCAGUGGUUAUGAUCUCUUCUGCAGUGACUUCUUUUGAUCAAGGGUUGUUAACGCUUGUUCCUCAAAAGCUAGCUGAUAAAGAACCAUUGAAGGAAAGCUAUUGAGUGCCAAUUUGGUGAUCCAUAUGACACAAGGCUUAAUUGAUGUCCACGUAAAAAAAAAGAAGAUUGAAAUCAAGUGUGCUUGAUUUGAGUAAAAGGUCGUGAAAAGAAUCUUUUGUCACAGUGGAAACAUUUGGAACAAUGUUGGUCAUAGCUUUGAAUAUACAUGUAGGCUAGAGUGAUUAAACUUGGCCCAAGGACCCUUUUUGAAGGGCUUUUUCAUGGAGGUGUUGUGGUGUAGUGGUUUUGUCAGUUGAGGGUCCAAAUCCCACCCGGCUCUAAUGUCCUUUGGCAAGGCACUUAUCCAUGUUUGCCACUCUCCACCCAGGUGUUGUAUGGGUACCCGGUAGGAUGUGAAUGUCAGUGUGAUAAGAUUGGCAAUGUGUGCAGCGAUAAAUGGUUGCCUGGCCAGGAUACACCCCAGGGAGUGGAGAUAGUGCACUUUAUAUAUGGAACAGUGAUGGAUUUUAUGACCAGGGUAAUAUAACCCGGUAGGAUGCGAAAGAUAUUGUAUGUUUGAUUUUGCCAGCGCCAUAAUGUGGCUGUGAUGAAUGCAAGGAAUG